AUGGCCCUAUUGCUGACUUCCUUUCCUCGACAGACACCCACGCCUCGCCGUUUUCUUCUGUCCAAGCGACCGCCGGCAUCGCAACAGCAGACCCCUGGCAGCGGACCUCCAGUCUUCGCCGGUAGCCAGCGCUUCCAGACGACACCGCGCUUCGCCCCUCCCUCAGCAACACAGCGACCGCCUUCGACACCUGUGUUUCCAGGGAGUUUGCGACCCUCCAGGACGAGGGACCCUAUCCAUGAUGCUUUGGACAGCUCUCCGACGGACGCACCUGUCUCUGCGACGCGACCAGCACUAGCGACCGGGACUAAGCGGCAGAACAACAGGAUUGAGAUCGACUCGGAUAUCGAGAGCGACUCACAAUAUGAGCAAGAGGGGAUUCGAUUACCACCGCCUACCUUUGUAGCAAACGACUCGAUCGAGAUUGAAUCUGAGCCACCUAGCGUGUCGCACAGUGAGGUCGACGAGAGAACACCGAAGAGGAGACGAAUAUCAAUCUCACCGGCGCCGACAUGGCACGACGAUGCCCAGGAGGAUGUGGCUAUGAGUUCCCAAGAUGGGAAUGCUAUCAAAGACUACGAAGAUGAGUACGUCGAUGAGGAAUUGCCCGACGCUGAAGACAAACCUACAACCGAUUUCACUGCGCCAUCUAUGGAUGCGGAAGACCUGAGCAUUCCAUUUCGCCACGAUGGAGACAUGCCGAAAACGCAGCCGACCUUCCGCCGAGCACCACGCUUCAAAGUUUCGGAAGCCGAAGCUUCUCGCCAAGAAGGUCUACCAGAAGCCUUCUCGCCGCAGAGACGUGGGGCAAAGUACGUGCCGGGAGGACUUGCAGCGGAAUUACAGACUUGGCUCGCAGAAGUAAAGGGCUGGGCCGGCGGCGACAGACCAGCAGACCUGGUCAUGACGAUCAUUAUUGACGAGUUGCGCGCUGGAAACAGGAUGUACAUCGUCAGGGGACGGAGGAUUGUGGGCGAUGGGGAUGCGAGCGAAGAGAUCGCCGCGCGGCUGAUGUUGGCUGGCGAGGGGAGGCUGACUGGAUUAGGGCAGAAAGCUGCCGUUAUUGUGGGAAGUACAGUUGCGAUAUCGCAGCCUGCGUGGGAAGUAGAGCUCGAAGGGACGCGGUGGAUUGUCGCGUGCGACUGGGCGGUCUUAUAG